AUCACCGAAACACAACGCACGCCAAACAAGAUGGCGAAUCGCACGGUGAAGGACGCGCAAUCGGUGCGCGGUACAAACCCACAGUAUUUGGUGGAGAAGAUCAUCAGAUCGCGCAUCUACGAUUCCCGAUACUGGAAAGAAGAAUGCUUCGCCCUAACAGCCGAACUGCUGGUCGACAAGGCGAUGGAGCUGCGGUUCAUCGGUGGUGUUUUCGGCGGCAACGUAAAGCCAGCGCCGUUCCUGUGCUUGCUCCUCAAAAUGCUGCAGAUCCAACCCGAGAAGGACAUAGUUGUGGAGUUCAUCCGUCAGGAUGAGUUCAAGUAUGUGCGGGCCCUGGGUGCCAACUACAUGCGUCUUGUGGGCAGCUCACUCGACUGUUACAAGUACCUGGAGCCCCUGUACAACGAUUACCGCCAGCUCCGCCGUCAAAAUCGGGAUGGUGGUUACACAAUCGUUCACAUGGACGAGUUCAUAGACGAGCUGCUGCGAGAGGAACGUGUGGCGGAUAUCAUCAUGCCUCGAAUACAGGUGAGGAUUAACAUUUUUCUCUUGUGCACAUGUUGA